UAUAAAGACACGAGAGGAAGUGGCUCUGAGAGUCCACAUCUGAAUCUGACAGAGUCAAGAUGGCACUAAUGCUGCAGCUUUGCUUCCUAGUCUUGUUUGUAAGGGGAUCCAUUGCAGUGGAACAUUUGACUGUGAUGGAGGGUGAGACACUAACCAUGAAGUGUCGCAUUAGAAAUGCCGAAGGGAGCCACGUGGAAUGGAAGAAUCCUGAUGGGCAUGUUAUGUUUUUUAAUAACCAGAAGGCCCUGAAGGACAAGCGCUACAAGAUAAUAAACUUGUCUGACUCCGUUUUUUCAGUCAGUGUGUCUGAUGUCACCUUCAAAGAUGGAGGCCUCUACACAUGUUUACAUUACAUUCACAAAGUACCUGUAGUGAAGUGGGUUAAUGUGACAGUUUUGGGUAAGCCAAAAUUGGAGAUAACAGAACACAAUGGAAAGACUGCCAUAAAAUGUUCUGCAGUGGGAAAUGGCCAUCCUCCCAAAAUCUCAUGGCUGUUGGAGAGUGGGUUAGAAAUAUAUGCUCAGCCUCAGUAUCUGUUGGACAAAAACACAUAUUCCUCCCUGGAUAUCUUGCAUGUUCAGUCCUACAAGAGGAGAGUCACAUUGAAAUGCAUUGUUCGCCAUCCAGCCUUACACAAUUCAUCCCUGAUGAAUUUUGUGAAGAUUGGACAGAAUCCCACUGAGGAAUCACACUCCACUACGAGAGCCUCUCAUUGGCUCAGUACAGGUCUAACAGAGGUAACAACAACAGUCUCCCGUUGGCAUAGUACACAGGUGUCAACAGAAACACCAACAGCUACAGCCUUAAAUUGGCCCAAUACAGAAGGAUCACCAGCAUCAACACCUGACUUACAACUCAGCACUCACAAUUGGUUGUCAGUGUCCCAGACAACAGAGAACACACCUCAUAAUGGCACAGGACACAACUCCAGCAAUGCUAAAGGAAGCUUCUUCAAUGAUACGGAGACGCAGAAAGGAACUGGAGGAAGUGCGCUGUUGCUCAUCUUACUUGUAACAGGCCUCAUCCUUGGUCUGCUCGUGGUUGUUUCGCUCUUCGUGAUCAAGCUGAGGAGGGCUCACAUACUCUGGAAGAAAGUUUUGAUCAUUACAGAAAAUGACGACUCGGAUCAAUCUGUGGAAAGCAACAGAUCAAAAUCAAGCAAUGAAGAGAAACAAUCUCGAGGAAGAAGGGGCAAUGGACUGUUUAACAUCAGAUUCACAAAGUAUGUCGUUGAGGAACCCAUGGCAACAGAGACGAUGACAACAACAAACAUCAAAACAGAAGAGGAUCCUGAAAUUCAAGUCAUCCCACAGAAAAAUGGAGCAACCCAUAGCCCUCAGAACAAGGAGAGGGAACUGUAACAUUUUACAGUGUUAUCAUAUAGAGAAUUCACAUUGAAUUCUAAGUCAUCAUAAGCACAAAGAUGUUACACCAUAUUUUGGGAAGGAAUGUUGUUUUAAAACAUGUACUUUGAUAUGGUGGAUUAUUAUGUAUGAUUUCAUUGUUUUAUCAAAGUUUAUUUUUAUACUGAAAAACAAUGAAGAAUAUACAACAUAAGGAUAUGGAUUUUUCUCUGGAAAUAUUGUAUAAAUGUAUUGUAUUUACACACUAUCUUAUCACAAACUGUCUUUGUUUUGGUGAUUUCUCUAUUGGGCCACAUUGCUUUGAAUAACAAAUACCAUGAACUGUCUCCUGCCAGUUGAAUGCUCGGCUAGAACAAAACAUGCACCCUCCUGGGGGUCCCCUAAAAAUGAGUUCAAGAGAAAUACUGUUGUAAGCUACCGAGGGAAACCGUUUUGUACUUCACAAAUAAAUUGACUGGAAAAUG